ACACACAUCUCCGUGUUUUGACUUAAUUCACGAAGACUGGAUGUGGAAGACAGAGCAUGAUCCUGUGGGAAAAUACUACAAGCAUUAAUAGCCAUCAUUUCUAAAGUAUCGUUGGAUUGUUUGAUUACCGUGAGCUUCCGUUAGUAAUAUGUGUAAUUUACACUGGUGGAUUGCCUUUGCUAUUUUUUAUUUUCCUUUCUCCUCCUUUCUGUCCGUUUUUGUUUUCUUUAUUCAUUAUGCCCUAUGAAGGCAAUUAUCUAUCCCUCCUACCAAUCCUAUUGAAAAGAGGGCAGAAAAAGGGACAUGAGAGCAGCAAAUCCCUUUUGAUUCCUCUUGUAGCGCUCAAUAAUUAAAUAAUGUGUUGCCUAUCACUCAUGGAGGGGAUCAAGUCUUCCGGACUGUCCCACGCGCUCAAUGUGCUGCUGCUGUCCAGAGCAUCACUACAGAGAUAGACAGAGAACGUGAAGAGAACAGCCGCAGCAUCCUGCAGUCGAGCCUGGAAAGACACUUCAGCUGCACUAGACAAGGACUCAUUUAGCAACCUGUCUCCUCCGUCUGACUGUCUCCUCACCAGAUUCAUUAUUAUAGGAAAGGCUCCUCGUUGCUUUUUCCUCUCUAAAGCCCUGUUCUUUGGAAUGUGGUGUGACAUAAUGAGGAUCCUCGCACUGCUUCUGGGGAUGAAAGCCGCGUGCAUCCUGCUGGUUUCCUCGCUUUCAGGCACGGGGGCAGUCAACAACAGCGGCCGGUGGUGGGGCAUUGUGAACGUGGCCUCCUCUGCAAACCUCCUCACCAACUCUAAGAAUGUCCAGUUGGUACUGGAUCCCAGCUUGGGCCAGCUGAACCGUCGCCAGCGUCGCCUCAUCCGCCAGAACCCUGGGAUCCUCCACGCCAUCUCAGCCGGCCUGCACACCGCCAUCAAGGAGUGCAAGUGGCAGUUCAGAAACCGCCGCUGGAACUGCCCGACCACCCACAGCCCGGCAAUAUUUGGCAAAAUCGUCAACCGUGGUUGCCGAGAGACAGCGUUUGUGUUUGCGAUCACAAGUGCAGGAGUGACCCAUGCGGUGGCCCGCUCCUGCUCUGAGGGGGCCAUCGAGUCGUGCACCUGUGACUACCGUCGCCGGGGGCCUGGGGGCCCUGACUGGCACUGGGGCGGCUGCAGCGACAACGUGGACUUUGGCCGGAUGUUCAGUCGGGAGUUUGUGGACUCCAGUGAGAGAGGAAGGGAUCUCCGAUACCUCAUUAACCUACACAACAACGAGGCAGGGAGAAUGACAGUGUCAUCAGAGAUGCGACAGGAGUGUAAGUGCCAUGGCAUGUCAGGGUCAUGCACCAUCCGUACCUGCUGGAUGCGUCUACCCAGCUUCCGCGCUGUGGGGGACUUCCUGAAGGACCGCUUCGACGGAGCUUCCCGGGUCGUCUAUGCCAACAAGGGUUCCAACCGCGCCUCUCACCGUGCCAAUCCAAGCAAUCUCGAACCCGAGAACCCCUCCCACAAACCCCCGUCGUCCAGAGACCUGGUCUACUUUGAGAAGUCACCCAACUUCUGCACCUACCACGGCAAGACGGAUACCCACGGAACCUCGGGGAGGACCUGUAACAGCUCGUCUCCGGCGCUGGACGGGUGUGAGCUGCUGUGUUGUGGUAGAGGGUUCCAAACUCAGACUGAGAAGGUCACUGAGAGGUGUCACUGUACGUUCCACUGGUGCUGCCAUGUUAGCUGCCUCAACUGCACCAGCACACAGACGUUACACCAGUGCCUCUGAUCACAGGAGAACCAGGACAGGGGCUCAGAGAUGGAAACGGUUAGGCUCUUUGGGCAGGUGGUGUAUAGAUAGAGGAAUGGUGUGGUAGAGAAGGGAAGGACUAACUCCUUAAAGGGUUAAUUGGGGGGUUGAAAAGUGAAUACAGGGAGUACUAGAGCUUAAUCAAUGUUUUGUUUUGUGAGGAAAGAAAAGAGAAAAGCACAACAAUGAUUACAGGGUGUAGAAGGAGGGUUUGUGUAUGUAUGCUUGCUCCUGAUGCCCUGCUGUAACAGAAUAUGUUAGUGUGCUUACUGGGUAUUUCAAUGCUGUAGCUAUCCAACCAUGUAGAAUGGAAUGGAAACCAAUCCUCACUAUGGCUUCCCAACACCAGUAACAAGACCAGAGGCAGAUUGAGUUAAAGGAAGUAGUUACAAAGGAAAUAGAUUUGUGGCUAGAGAUAAACAACCAAAAUUAGUCUGAGAGAGAUGCUGGGAUUUGAGUCUUUCACCCACUCUGACCUUACAAGAUACAGCUAGUGUCUCUGUCCCCUCUCCAUCUCUCCCCUCCACGGCAGAGAGAUGUGAUGGCAGAGGAGGAGAGGGGAGGGAGGAGAGUAACGGUUGCUGAACACAAUGUCAGACAGAUGUCUCUGUGGCGGGAGAACCACAAGCAUGGGCUCUCAUAAACCGGUGAAGAACUGUGACAAGAGGGUGGUUAUUUUAAACAUCACUGUUUUGUUUUCUUUUGCUGCAGUUCUACUUUUCUCACAUAAAAUUGUGUGAAGUACAUCUCCCAGGAUGUGCUGUCUUCUCCCCCAAUUGCUAUGUACUUUGGUCCUGGACGUGGACCAAGCCGUUAUGAUUUCCUCUCUAACUCACCACACAUGCCCUCUUUGUUUAGAUUGCUCUGGAAUCCGCUACACCUCAACCCGGAGUUACCGCGGUGAUUUACUGCACCAUGGUUACUGACGUUAAAGGACAGGACGUUGUAGCCGCAUCCAAGGAUAAUACAAAAAUAUUCUACAGUUUUAUAACAAACUGGAAUUCACUAUGGGAAUCAUAUGUAUGAAUAGUUUGACUAUAGUAUCAAUACACUGAAUAUUGGAGAGAAUAACUAGAAGUAUGUGUAGGAGAUAGAUCGUGGUGCUGCAAGAAACUGGGGUGACCUGCCAAAUAGUGAGAUCUGUAAUAUGGCAACCCUGUUCCUAAAAUGCCAAUGACCAGAGCAAAAUUGUGAGACUAAACACACUGCCCUGCUUUGGAAAACUUGAUAAGUGUGUAAAGAUAAUCCAUUAUCUUCCCUUCCAAGUUUACAGUGGACAGACAGAGGGUUUUACCAUUCAAUAGGUGCUGCAUCUAGCUGGGAACUAGACUUGACUAUACAGUCACUACUAAGGGAAACGUAUUGUAUAUCAGCUCAGAGAAUCAAAACAUUGUAAAUAAUAUAUAUAGAAAUAUAUGUUUAUGCUGAAGUUACUCGCAAUUUUAGGGAAGAAUGACUUGCGCACCUGUCAUACAUAAGCCAAUUGGUGGAAGGAGAGAAAAUAUGCUAUCAUUAGUCAUAAGUCAGGUCAUGUUUUAUUGUUAAACUGUUAUUAUGUUUAUUUCCUUAAAUGUAGUUUACACAUUUUUGUGGAGGGCAGGAAACAUAAUUUGUUAGAAACCUGACGGAGCAUUCUUCUUUUUUCCGUACUCAUUUUCUCUUACCACUAAUGUUUGUCAUGUUUGUCAUGCACUGAAUAUUACCAUUUAUGUAAAUACAAACAUAUUUAUUACUGUGAAUGUUUGAUACUGUUAUAGAGAAGUAAAAUAGUAAAACAAAGCAUUUGACAUCUUUUU